AUGCACUUCACAAACUCGAUACCUGGUAGUGACCCAUCAGACCGUGGGACAGUCGCGCCUACACUGCAGGUCUUCUCCAUCAAAAUCUCAGAAAUAAAAGGCGGCUUGCGGUGGCCAUUGUCUGUGUAUGGCGUGGUUGCAGCACGUGACGCCGUGGAUCACAACCGCAACCUUCUGUUUGCUCGCGAUAGGAGUGUGUACCAGACAAUCAAAGAAGACGAUCCUUAUUUGCGCUUGACUGGCCCCUCCCGUGCAAUUGUGUUUGGGGAUCCCGUGGACUUUGAAAUCCAACUGAAACUAAGAGGCAGCACAGCGGCUCGAGAUAGAGCAUUGAUCACUAGUACAGAGCGUUACUCCACAGGAAUUGGUACCAUAUGCUUUGAGAACUGCUUCUGUACAACAGAGUUAAAGUUGGAGGCGAUUGAGAGGUCGGUCCAGGCCACUAUCUUGAGUGUCUGUGUCAAAGGGGGGCCAUGGCCUUCCAAAUAUGGAGGUAGAGUUGUUUGCUAUGCGCCAUCACGGUCAGGUGAGAUCAAUGGGGAAGUGGUCUUGUCCGAUUCAUGUAGCGGAGGAAUGAUGCCUACCGGUUUGAGUGGUCACCUUCGUCUGUCAAGGAAUGUUGUUUCUGUAGAAAUGCAAGGCAGUCUACAAGUUAGCUUACAGGCAUACUCAUCUUCUGGUGGGUUCUCUCAACGAAAAGUUGUGUCCUUCAAAGCUAAGUCGUGUCUCAUAAGUCAGGCUAGUGUUACCUUUGGUGGCGCUAAGGUGGAGAUUACAGUUGCUUGGUCCCGUCUUGUUUCAGAGAAGGAAGAUAUCACAACAAAGGGCUGGGUGCAUGGACUUGGAGAUUCAGACAAGGUGUGA